CAGGAAAAACAAGAAAUGAGUGUAAUUCACUCUUUUACUAGUAAACGAGCUUCAACGACACGUUGGCCUGUUGUGUAGCUUCUUUUAACUGCCUUUCCCUGUAAAACAUGUCCUCAGAAGAAGCUCACGUUGAAGGCAGUGGCGGUGAAGAAGAUGAAGGGGAAAUUAUCGAUUGGCAAUUGCCAUUAUGCUUCACGAAGAAGCGUCAUCGUGAGCGCAUCGAGAAAUCGCAACAUUACCCACAAACAUGGCGAAUGAAAGAGAGAAUGAAAACAGUGAGUGUUGCCUUGGCAUUGUGUUUGAACAUUGGCAUCGACCCCCCUGACGUUGUGAAAACCUCACCAUGUGCUCGUAUGGAGUGUUGGAUGGAUCCAACAGAUAUAUCACCCCAGAAAGCACUAGAUGAGAUUGGAAGUCGCUUGCAGAAACAAUAUGAAAAAUGGCAACCUCGGGCUAGAUAUAAGUUGACUUUGGAUCCGACUGUUGACGAUAUUAAGAAAUUAUGCACAAACCUUCGACGAAAUGCAAAGGAGGAACGUGUUUUAUUCCACUAUAACGGACAUGGUGUGCCUCGACCUACGCCUAAUGGGGAAAUUUGGGUUUUCAAUAAGAGCUACACCCAGUACAUACCUUUAUCUGUGUAUGACCUACAAACAUGGAUGGGAAGUCCAUCAAUAUUUGUUUAUGACUGUUCCAAUGCAGGUAUAAUUUUGGAAAAUUUCAACCAAUUUUCGAAGCAACGCGAGAAAGAGUUUGAGCAGAGAUGUAAUACACAAGAGAAUGGCUCUGCAUUGUCGACAUUGAAAGAUUGCAUUCAGAUUGCGGCUUGUCAACCAGACGAACUUUUACCAAUGCAACCUGAUGUGCCUGCCGAUGUUUUUACCGCAUGUCUGACUACUCCAAUCAAGAUUGCCUUAAAUUGGUUUUGUCAGCAGAGCAGUGUUAAACUUGUCGAAGGCAUAGAUAAGGACUUGAUUGAAAAAAUUCCAGGAAGGUUGAACGAUCGACGAACACCCUUAGGGGAACUCAACUGGAUCUUUACUGCCGUAACCGACACUAUCGCGUGGAAUGUCCUACCCAGAGAUCUUUUUCAAAAGUUGUUUCGCCAAGAUUUGUUGGUUGCAAGUUUGUUUCGUAAUUUUUUACUUGCCGAAAGAAUUAUGAGAUCUUAUAACUGCACACCAAUGUCCUGUCCGAAAAUACCUCCCACACACCAGCAUCCAAUGUGGCUUGCAUGGGAUCUUGCUGUUGACACUUGCAUGUCACAAAUAGAUGGUGUCGUCAACCAAGGGAAAACAUUUCAGAAUAGUUUGUUUUUCUCGCAACAACUCACUGCGUUCCAAGUAUGGUUGGCGAUGGGUAGAAAGGAACGAACGCCACCAGAACAACUACCGAUUGUGCUACAGGUGUUACUCAGUCAAGUGCAUCGACUGCGCGCUCUGGAUUUAUUAGGUCGUUUUUUGGAUCUUGGUCCUUGGGCUGUCCAUUUGGCACUUUCUGUCGGUAUUUCUCCGUAUGUUUUAAAACUUCUACAAAGCUCGUCAAGAGAACUUCGUCCUUUGCUGGUUUUUAUAUGGGCAAAGAUUUUGGCCGUUGAUGAUACGUGCCAGGCAGAUUUGGUUAAAGACAACGGUCAUCGUUAUUUUGUGUCAGUUUUAGCUGAUCCCUACAUGCCCCCUGAGCACAGGACGAUGGCGGCUUUUGUUCUGACAACGAUCGUAAAGAAUUAUCCUGAAGGACAGGAGGCUUGCCUUCAAAACAAUCUGAUCGCUGUAUGUCUGGAGCAGUUGAAUGAUCCCCACCCGCUGUUACGUCAAUGGCUUGCCCUUUGCCUUGGCAGAACGUGGAUGAAAUACAGUAGAGCAAAGUGGUGUGGUGUCCGUGAUUCAGCACAUGAGAAAUUGUUGACAUUGGCCAAUGACCCACUGCCAGAGGUGCGGGCAGCAGCGGUUUUUGCGCUUGGUCAGUUCGUCGGCAAUACCGCGGAGAGUACAGAUCUUGGAAAUCAAGUGGAUUUCAGUGUUGGCAUGAACUUGAUUAGUUUGGCAUAUGAUGGUAGUCCCAUUGUACGAGAGGAAGUUGUCCGGGCUUUGUAUGGUCUAGUUUCUCAAUUUGAAAGCAAUUUUGGCGUGGUUGCCAUACAAUUUCUUGAAGAAGAAGAUCGUUUGCGAGAUACGCAACCUCAACCCGCCACGACGUCUGGGGGGUGGGUUGUUCUUACCCAAGGGGUUAUUGUGCCUCCGAGUUUCAGCCUCCUCUUAAACCAGCAAGUAGCUAAAUCAAAGCGAAUAAAAUCACGUGGCUCAUCUCCGAAUUUGAUGUCAUAUGGAACCCAAGGAGUCGGGGCCUCGCAACAUAUGUCGACGUCACCAAAUCUUAGCAGCAGCGGUGGAAGUUCUGGUUCUGAGUCAGUGCAACAUGGGGGACUGAGACGAUCUUCAUCCCAUGCACCUUUUAACUCGCCCCAGGCCAACGUUUAUUCUUUUAUUUGGCGGAUUCUUUUGAUUCUGUCAUGUGACCCAUCGCCUUCAGUCGCUAGUCUCGCGAAGAAGAUUGUUAACAUGAUAACUUUGAAGGCAUCUGUAAAUCGCAUACCUCGUCAUGGUAGCUCUUCCGUUGCAGAAUCAUGUCCUAGUUCACUUUAUACAAUAUCUCGGUCCGAUUCAUCUAGACUAUCUUCAGAACUAUCAAAUGUCGCAGAAGCUAAAGCGUCAGAGAAACCUUCACACAAACCUAGUGCCUCUGGCCUUAAUUUCUAUCCACAUUCUUAUGCAUUCAGCGCCAAAAGACGAAUGUUUGUAAAAGGCCCCGAUUUGCCUGAAAACGAAGAACCGUCAGAUGAGUCAGAGGACGACAAUAGCAACGUACCCGAAGAUUUUGUGGAUACAAAGUUUUGCGAUUGGUGCUGUAGUUACUUUGCUCAAUCAAUGACGCGGCCUCCUGAUGAACACGAUCCGUACAGCGAAGCUCAUCUGGAACGUGAAAACAGGUUCACAAGAAAUGCUCGGGUUCGAUCGGAAGCGAUGAAACAACUGAAAGAUUUUACUCGUCUAGAUGAUCAGAUGUUCAUUAAUAGAAAUUCAUCUCCGCCUGUCGUGCUCCGUUUUAACCCGUAUGAACCUCACAUUGCUGUUGCUGAUAGACUUGGUGUGAACGUAUGGAAUUUCGAGACGGGAACUAAACUUAGUCAUUUCGAGAACGGAAAUAGAAAGUCCACGAAGAUUACCGCUAUGGAGUUGUUGAACUCGCAUGAUCUGCCUUUAUUGCUCACUGGCUCAAAUGACGGUGGUGUGCGCGUUUGGAGAAAUUACACUCAGAAUAAUCCUGAGCUAGUGACCGCCUGGCAAGGUCUUACAAAUUUAGUUCCGUCAACGAGAGGAAACGGCGCGGGUAUGGUUGUGAACUGGGAACAACAAACGGGUUGGCUAAUGGCGUCAGGUGAUGUGCGUCACAUUCACGUGUGGGACACGCAAAGGGAAAUGAAAUUGCAGGAUAUUCCAACGGGUGCCGAAAGCUGUGUAACAAGCAUCGUCUCAGAUUACAUCGGUCGUUCACUGUUAGUCAUCGGCUGUGGUGACGGUUCUGUUCGUCUUUUUGAUCGACGAUUGCCGCCGAGCGACAGUCGAGUGAUGACAAUGAGAGAGCAUCAGAGCUGGAUUGUGAACGUUGUUUUACAGAACAAGUCCUCAGAUAACAUCAUAUCUGCAAGUGUCGAUGGCCACGUGAAGUUUUGGGAUCCACGUUUUAGUGAGUCUGUACGAAAUCUCGAGUCGGUCGUCUCACACAUGACGUCAUUUGAAGUACACAGUGCAGCAAGUGUUAUUGCCUGCGGUUCUUAUAAUCAAAGUGUAAGAGUUACGAAGAUUAAAGAGAAGGAGACCGAAUGCAUGAGUACGAUCAGACAUCACGAUGGAUUUAUGGGGCAAAGAAUUGGUCCUGUGAACACUAUGAGUUUUCAUCCUCAUAAGGUUCACUUGGCUGUUGGUUGUGCAGAUUCGAUCAUUUCUAUCUACUCAACGGAAAAGAAACGAUGACAGUGAACACGUCAUUAGUUACGUCAGCAGCUAUCGCGGACGUGAAAUGUGUUUUCUAAAAACUGCAACUGCGGGAUGAAACAUGGUCUUUAUCCAUGUGGUCUUUAUCCAAACUGUAAUAUAGCACCAUAGUGUAGGAGACAAACAGUAGGGCUUCUUCGUUGAAAUUUUCUAUUCCAUUUUCUAACCUACCGAAUUGGAUAACUGCACCAUUCAUCCAAUUGAAUAUACAGCCCCAUGUUACCCAGCGAAGUCGAGCUACUGUUUGUUGUUUGUCUAUACUGUAAUAUGGAUUUUUACGGUCAAUAGGAUUUCAUAAUGAUGGCUAUUUAACUUUAGAUGGUCAGCAUUUGUAUGUAGCUAUUCGUUUGUGAUGAUUUAUUUAUAAUUUCUACGUGUUCGUGUUUUUCAUGUAAAUUUUCACCGCGUGCACUUGAAAUGAAGUAUUUUAUUAAUAACACAAAGUCUAAAGAAAUGUGUAAUGUUAUUGAUGUACCCAGAUGUACCCCUAUUACUACAUCUUCUACCCUUAGAUGUCCUCUAGGUAAUUCUAAACCAUGACGUCAGCUGUGACGUCAGACAUGAAACGAAAAGUUGAAAACUCUGAUUUCCAAAGAACUCUUUAAACUGACGAAGAUUAUUUAUCAUUUUAAAAUCAGUUUAUUAUCAAAUCAGUGAUUUUGAAAUUCUUAAAAAUGGAAAAACAACGAGAAGAGUUGAUGCUUGAUAUUACUCAGGAAAUUAAAUGCGAUCAACUCGACCAUCAAAAAAAGAUGAGGGUAAUUUGAUCACUAAUGGUAACUUUAAUCCUGGUACAAUGCUUUGGAGGGCAUUGAACUGCCUUAUGGCCAGCUUUUUCGCGAUGGCUGCCUAUGUUCAGUUGAAUGACCCUGAUCCUAUCGUAUGGAUGUUUGUGUACUCUGUUCCUGCAUGUUUAUGCAUAUCGUCUGCAUUUGCUCCCGAGGUUCAAGACCAUACAGUUUGGCAGUCCUUGGCAACUGCGGAUAUUAUUGGUAGUCUUGCUGGAGCAAUGUACCUUGCGGUUGCAAUUCAUCCUCAAAUGCAACAUGAUUCAAUUAACAAUCCAUUAUCCUUAGAAGAAGGAAGAGAGAUGGCUGGACUCCUCAUUGUGAUGUUUUGGAUGGCCCUCAGUAAAGCUCUCUCUUGGUAUAAUCAGAGGAAUGGCAAUUUUCCUUUGUUGUUCUGGAUUUUCAUCCUUGUUCUCUUUCUUGGCCCUAUUUUACUUUGGGCAUUUUGCUACAGAAGUUUGGACAAAAACACCUUGCCUCAACAUUGCAAAGAUAUGUUAUGAAAAUUAUGUAUAGAAUGAACAGUUUGUGUACUAUAGCUUCUACAUAAUAUAUGCAUUGGUUGAAAUUGUUUCCUAAUAACUUCGAUAAUCACACAUUUGCUCAUCAUUAGACAACAUUGAAUGCUUUGACUUUGAUCCUGGCAGGAAUCACUGAAUGAAACUAAAUUAAAUUGGAGAAAAAUUUGUCACUUUAAGAGUUAGUGCUAUUUAAAUGUUUACCAACAUGAAGGAACAGUCGAGAGUGCCAGUUGAAAAUCAAUAGCAGUUAUUUAUGCAACAUAACAGUUGGAAUAUUUAAGCAGCAUUUCUAUGCAUUUAAUACAAACAAGUAGGAGGAGUCAUCUACACAUAUAAACACUCAAAUACACAUAUACAGUACCGCUCGCGUAUUGUUUUUCGUAUCAUACGCGUAUGUUUUUCGUAUCAUACGCGUUUCAUACGCGUAAUGUAUGUUAACAAAUACGCAAACGGUACUGUAUAUACCUUGUACGACAGAGAGUUUGCAACAGACGUACAGAUAUAGCCAGUCUUUGUCACAAUUGUAACACAGCACUUGUCAUACAAAGUACAUAUAUCUUUAUUUGAAGGUUUUCUUUACCCGAAUGAUCCUUUCUUUGUUUGUAUUAAUUUGCAUGUUAAUCUUAUAAAAAAUUUUUUUGCUAUCAUAAGUCAUCAGUCAUGUAAAAGAGCCUAAAUGAAUGUUUUACUUUUUCUCAUGAUGAGCAAAUGGUAAUCAAAAAGAAAUAUUCUUCAAUUUCUAUGAAAUGAAGAAUAAAGGUUUAAGUAGUUGUUGGUGGACUACAUGAUAAUGAAAUACCCAUGUUAAUCACAUGUAAAAUAAUAAAAUAACAAUGUACUUUAAUGAAAUCCUGCCUGUCUCUAUAUAGCACAAAUAGCUUUAUAUUUUUAUAGAAUAAAUAUAUUGACUUGAGUUCAUAUUCCAGAGCUCUUGAAUAUAUGGUACAGAGUCAAAUGAAAUGUAAUAAUUAAUUUUUAAAGAAAUACAAUCUGCUGAGAAA